AUGGAGGAGGCUGUUCCCACGCCACAGGCCCGGGUGCUGGUUGUGGGCAACACCUACCUGGACGAGUUCGUGGACCUGCCGUGCUUCCCCACGCCCGACGGCAAGUUCGCCGUGCGCGAGAUCGCGGAGGACCUGGGCGGAAGCGCCACCAACGCCUGCUGCGGAUUCCUCGCGUGCGGUGCCGCCGCACGGCUCCACUCACUCAUCGGCGACGACGAUGUGGCCCUGCGCCUGCUCGCCCGACUUCGUCACAAGGGCCUCGACCUCGCCCUGUGCAAGCAAAUCCCCGGCGGCAAGACGGGGCGCACGAUUGUGCUGCUGACGCCCGACGGGAUGAGCACGAAGCUGGGCCACGGCGGGGUGGCCAACGAGCUGGUCCACCACCUCGUGCCCGUCGAUCAGCUGCGGCGGUUCGACCACGUCCACCUCGCCUCCGUCUCCCUGCCCCUCCUCGAGAAGGUGCUGCUCAUGAAACACGACGUGGCCACCCACUCAUCAUCUUCUUCAUCUUCUUCUUCGUCGUCGUCGCCGCCGCCAUCAUCACCUUCGUCGUCGUCAUCGUCGUCAUCUACAGCGCUUCAGCAGCCGCCGUCGCCGUCGCUCAUCGCGUUCGUGCCUUCGCCGUCGCCCAGCGCUUACUCGGUCGACUCGGUCUACGGUUCACCGGACUCUGGAGGCCUCGUUCCGCUCGCCUCGCACCUCUCUUCCUUUCUGCCCCACGUCACGCCCUUCUCUGCGCCGACCUCCACCGCCGCCACCAUUCCUUCUUCUUCUUCUUCUUCUUCUUCAUCUUCGCCUUCAUGUUCAUCAGCAUCAACUUUGUUAUCAUCAUCUCCAUCACCACCGUCAUCAUCAGAAGAUCCGCGAGGUCAGGAGUGUUUUCCUUCGGUUUCGAUCGACCUGGGCGCGUCGAUCCUGUCGGAGGACCCGCGACGGCUCCGCGCGGCAUUCAAGCGGCUCGACUGCGUCUUCUUCAACGAGCACUCGCUCAAGCUGGUCUACGGCGUCGACACCGACGCUGCACACGACAAGCCGACCACAUCAGCUGCCGACGACGACGACGACGACGGACCCGCGUGGGUGGUGGCCCUGCAGCGCGAGCUGCGCGGUACCGGCGCCAAGUACGUGGUGACCCUCGGCCUCCACGGGGCGCACGCCAUCUCGGCCCACACGCGCUGCUUCCGACCCUCGAUACUGACCUCGGUCGUCGACACCACCGGCGCGGGGGACGCGUUCGCGUCGGCGUUCGUGAGUUUCUCGCGGCUGUGGGGCGACUCGGACAGCGACGCCCUGGAGAAGGCCCACUGCGCUGCGGCCAUGAAGAUCCAGCACAAGGGCGGUGCCAACGGCCAUCCGACCAGGGAAGUGAUCGAAGCCGAGUGGCGACGCCGCAAGGCCGCGGGCGAAUGGAUCCCAUGA